UGCAGAGGCAGCAGGUGCGAGGUUCUAGAAUGUUGUUGGACAACUUUCAUCAGGGCGCUUCGUUCUGAGCACACAAUCGGCUCGCAAUUGGAGCGCCAUGGCGCCACCUCAAGCCCAAGUAGCUACGGCCGGAGGGGCAGGCCCUGCACAGCCGCAGCAGCAAGGCGGAGGGUGGUUGCAGAAGAUCAUGACGUACAUCGUCAUCUACUUUGUAGCACAACAAUUCAUGGCACCGAAGAAGUCCGCGGAUCCUGCAAAGCUCACAAGCAACCUCUUCAGCAAGGGAGAGAAAGUGGACUUCUGGUUGUACGUUACUGAGAGCGAGUUCUUCAACAAUUAUAACGAUGCCAGCAGUUUGAUCUGGCAUGAGAAAGACGUGCCAUACAGCACGCAAGACACAGCCGCCAGCAGGCAACUGCACUGGACGUACCACCCCAGCGAGGCUGUGAUGAACAACGGCUCACUGUGGGGCCACGCAUUCUUCGCUCGAUCCGGCUACUCACCAAACCCUGAGGAUGCGAGCUUUGAAAGAGGCUCAGCAUUCAGCAAAACCUUCCGGCUCAACAAGUACGGCAUCAAGCCCAAGGUGGAUCGCCGCGUGAACCUGCUCGGCAAGUCCAUGAACAGCGACGCAGAGUUAGCGCAGCUGGACCGCGACGAGGCUGCUAAAGCGAAGCAGGAGGCAGCCUCAGCCGAGGUAACACCGGCGCAGGAGGAAUCAGACGACGAGGCGGAAGAAGAGGACAGCGUGGUCUGGAACACUGGCUCGGAGGCGACGAAGAAGAAGGCAGAGGGGACGGCGGACGAGCCGGCGCGGCCGUGGGUGUCGUUCUGGCGGCCCAACGUGACAAUUAACCUCGUGGAGGAUCACAACGCAUACCCCAAGGGCGGCGUUCCCGCGCACCUGACAGGCCUCCUCGACUUCGAGCCCGAGAGCGGCAACUUCUUCCCGACCGUCUUCAUCAACGACUUCUGGCUCCUCAAGGACUAUCUGCAGCCCAUCAACGAUACGACGACCACUUUGGAGCUGGACUUGUUCCUGGCGCCGCUGAGCGCCUGGUGGUGGAAUGUGUACGUCCAGAUGGACCAGAGCUUCAAGAUGCAGGCCAGCAUGGGGAGCAUGGGCGACGGGGAAGCCGACGAGAUCAAGAGAGUGUUCAUCGAGGGCAACCCGUGGCUGCUGGGCCUGACCAUGGUGGUCUCCAUGUUCCACACCGUGUUCGACUUUCUCGCCUUCAAAAACGAUAUCCAGUUUUGGCGCAACAACAAGUCGAUGAUGGGCCUGUCGGCGCGCACGGUGAUCAUCUCCUUCGUGUCCCAAGUGAUCGUGCUGAUGUACCUGCUGGACAACGAGACGAGCUGGAUGAUCAUCAUCAGCGCCGCCGUCGGCUGUGUCAUCGAGUUCUGGAAGAUCGGCAAGGCCAUGGACAUCUCGGUCGGUCGGUGGGGCUCGUUCCCGAUCCUGGUGUUUAAGGACAAGCAGUCGUACGAGGGGAAUAAGACCAAAGAAUACGACGAGCAGGCGACGCGCUACCUGUCGUACUCGCUCUUCCCGCUCGUGGGCGGCUACGCCGUCUGGUCGCUCUUCUACCAGACGCACAAGAGCUGGUACUCCUGGGUCGUCACCUCGCUCACGGGCUGCGUCUACACCUUUGGUUUCAUCAUGAUGACCCCGCAGCUGUUCAUCAACUACAAGCUCAAGUCGGUGGCGCACCUGCCGUGGCGGCAAAUGACGUACAAGUUCCUGAACACCAUCAUUGACGACCUCUUUGCCUUUGUCAUCAAGAUGCCGCUCCUGCACCGCCUGAGCGUCUUCCGUGACGACCUGGUGUUCCUGAUCUUCCUCUACCAGCUGUACAUUUACCCAGUGGACAAGAAGCGGGUCAACGAGUUCGGGUUCGGGGGGGAAGAAGCGCUAGGCCAGCCUCCAGCCGAACUCGUUGGAGCACCUGUUACGCCGGCACUGCCGGAAGGCGAAGUUGUAGUAGCAAAGGAUUCCAACGUCGAGGCGACAAGUGUAACAAGGACAGCCGCAGGCAAGGUGGCCGAGGCAAAAGAGGAAGUGCCUCUAGUGGCGUCCAGCAAAGGGAAUAAGAAAACGAAAUAAGUUCAACUUGCCCUUUUUAGUUGGUGUCUUGAUAUCGUUGGGUCUGUUUAGGUAUGUACAAAGGCUGCACAUUCAAGUUUGUCGCUUUGAAAGUAUGUAUUGGAGGUGCCUUUCGAUUGUGGAUUUAAACAUGGAACCACCUCUGGUGCGGACAACACUGCAUACGGUGUGAUACGCGCGAGUCCGAUCACUGUAAAAUGUAGGUACGUCAAUCAUGC